CCUGAUGUCGUCACAUCCAAUGCCCGUCUUGAUAUUGCGCUAUUUCCACUGAAUUUUAACAUCGUCGUAAGGGGCAAGUUUAAUCCCGAUUUGGGUAACAAAUCAAGCGCCAUGUACCAAAGCUACAGCCAGGAGUUGUUAUCAAAGUUAAACAGUGUGCAAAAGAGGAAUCCUGGAUGCAUGUAUGUGGAAAUUGCGGGAUUUAGAAAUGGAAGCAUUAUUUGCGACUACCGGUGCUUCGUGCGGGCAACUGAUAGUCGUCAUGACAUCAAGAGCUUUUUCGAAAAGAACGUCUCCGCAACUUUCGAUAACAUGACGUUCAACGGCAAGCAUCUGAAAAAGAAGUUCUUGAAGUCGAACGACGUCACUGAAGCCUUAAAGAUGAUGGACAACAUGUGCAACGCUAUUGGGGUGUGUGCUCCCGGUUUACAAUGUUCGGGCGGCUCAUCUCCACAAACCAUUCGGUGUCAAUCGCCAUGUACGAAGGACUACUGCACAAACGGCCGAUGUUUUGUUGACUCGAACAACGAACCCAAAUGCAGCUGCUACAAUUCAACAACAUUCGUCUACUCUGGAGACAGAUGCCAAAUGAAAUCCGAACAGUUUGCCAUGAGCAAGCAUGACAUAAUUGCAGUAGCGGCUGGAGUAGCAAGUGCGCUUCUCCUGCUGCUGGCAAUAGCUUUAGUCUGUAUAUGUCUGGCCUGGAGGAAGCGGAGGAAGAGAAACAAGGAUGAAAAGGAAUCGGAACAGGGAACGAUGGAUGAGGAAGUAAGCGAUGGUGACGGCAGUAUUGGAAGCAUGGAUACGGACCCUGCCUACGUUUUUAGUCAGGGAGGAAUUGCGAAGCGAUACAGUGCAGUGAGCUUGGACUACUCUCUCCCCGGAGUCAUCAGUCCGACAUCCCAGCCAAGCCUGCUACAGAGCGACUACAGAGGAGUUUCUGUAUACACACACAUCAACACAGAACCUGAUUUUGCCAUAAAAAGACCAGAAGUACGCUGAAUUGUUCACGGAUGGUAAACUUUCAUAUUAUGAUGUUUACUGAGGGCUGGUUUCGGAACAAGAGCUUGAUACGAUCAUCAUUUGUUCAACGCAUCAACAUCAUCUUAUAUAUCUGCCGAAAGCGAUUCCGUUGUGAGUUCACUGCAAAACGGAGAGAUGAAGAUGACAUAGAUCGAGAGGCAAAGAGGCAAAUAGAGGUGAAGAUUAUAGAGAUCACUGACAAUCACUGUUACUGACAAAAGCCAAAGCAACCCUGGCAAGCCAAGCCAAGUACCAUUGAUUCUUGAACAUUAGUCAUUUGUAUUUGUCUACAGAUGUUUCACUGACGUUAAUGAGACUCGAAUGCAAUGGGAAUAUUCCCCAAAGGGAGAAUAUGCACGAAUAGGCUUCCAUGCUUCCAGCUUCCAUGAUUCAUAACACUAAACCAGAUUUGUUCAUCUGCUAGCUCAGACAAUGUUAUGUCGAAUACGGAAUGACAACCCAUUAUUGGUGUACCUUGCUUCAGUUUCCCAAAGGUACAGCGACCAGAUUAGCAUAAACAAUUGACAACAUAGUACAGUGCCAAAAUGAAUGUAUGUGUAUUUAUUGUCGGGGUAACUUUGUCAGUUUACAUCAUCAGAGAAAUAAAGCAUUGUGUAAUAUUUA